AUGCCUGUGACAGUAAUUGAACGAACAUUAAAUGCAAUGGAAUUAAGUAAACUUAAUGUUCUUCAUUUACAUUUAUCUGAUGAUCAAGGUUUUCGUGUUGAAAGUAUUGAAUACAAUUUAUUACAUGAUAGAAAAGAUUUUUUUACUCAAAAAGACAUUCAACAUCUUGUUGAAUAUGCUCGACAACGACGUAUACGUAUUAUACCUGAAUUUGAUAUUCCUGGUCAUACAACCAGUUGGUUUGUUGGUUAUCCAGAAUUAGCUACUGAACCAGGUCCAUAUCAACUUGCAACUAAAUGGGGUGUAAUGAAAUCUACAAUGGAUCCAACCAAAGAAAAUACAUAUAUAUUUCUUGAUAAAUUUUUUAAAGAAAUGACAAAAUUAUUUCCUGAUCCAUAUUUUCAUAUUGGUGGUGAUGAAGUUGAAGGUUCACAAUGGGCUACAUCACAAACACUUCAAAAAUUUAUGAAAGAACAUCGACUUGAAGAUAAACAUGGUUUACAAGCUUAUUUUAAUACACGUAUACAAGAAAUACUUAAAAAACAUGGAAAAAUAAUGGUUGGAUGGGAAGAAAUUCUUGAUAAAACUCGUGCAAAUUUAACACUAUAUAAAACUGCUGUUAUUCAAUCAUGGUUAAAUCGACAAGCAAGUGUAAAUGCUGCAGAAAAAGGUUAUCGAGUUAUAAUUUCUAAUGGUUAUUAUCUCGAUCAUCUUUCAUCAUCAAUAAGCCAUUAUAAUGUUGAUCCAAUUCUUAAUAAUAAUGUGCCUUUAAUAGAUGAGAAUUAUCGAAGUAAUAUUUUAGGUGGUGAAGCAUGUAUGUGGAGUGAAUUUAUCACACAACAUUCAGUUGAUUCUCGUAUUUGGCCUCGUUCUCUUGCUAUUGCUGAACGUUUUUGGUCUCCGUCGACAAUUUCAGAUGAAAAUUUUCUCUAUGAACGUCUCUUUCGAAUGAAUCGUUUACUUGAUAAACUGCAAACAGGUGUAACACAUAUUUCAUCAUAUAAAACUCAAUUACAAAAUUUAAUUAUUGAUCCAAAUAGAAAAAACGAUCUUCUACAUCCAUUAGUUAUAUUAGCUGAUGUUUGUGAACCAUAUGGUCAUCCACAACGUUCGCAUACUGAUAAAUAUUCAACAAAUGUUCCUUUAACCACAUUUGCCGAUGCUUUACAAUCAGAAAGUGAACUCGUAUGGAAAUUAGAAAAACUUCCUAAUGAUGAUAAAACAUAUCAUGAUAUAUUUCAAACUUGGUCUAUUAAUCAUUUACGUUUAAGACAAUUAUUUGAUACGGUUGAAAAAAAUAAAAAUAAAAACAUAUGGGGACAAGAUAUUGAACAAUUAUCAGAAAAUCUAGCUCAGACUGGUCAAAUUGGUUUGAGAAUUUUAGAUUAUAAUUCAAAAAAAAUAUUACAUCCUGAUAAAAAUAAUGCAAUGAAUUCGUGGACAUUAUCACAUUGGAUUUCACAUCACGAGAUAUUAUUACAACAAUUAGAAAAUCAAGUGAGAGAAGUACGAUUAGCUGCUGUAAGACCAGUUCGACAUUUACUUAAAUUAAUUCCACAAACUUCAUGA